AUGUUUCCAAAGAAAAAAGAAUUGGUAUCAAAUGAUAAAGAUUGUUCUACCGUUAUGAAUUUACGAUGCUUCCGUAAAACAUUGUUCUUCGUCAAUAACGAGACUUUUCAAUAUGUGUAUGAAAUGGAAAUUAUCUUCAGACAAUAUAUUUCUCAUUUCCAAUCCUAUAAAAUAGAUAAAGCUGAAAAGACGAGACACGUUAUUUUACAAGACAGCGAAGUUGACAUUUUUGGAGGAGAGACAAACAGCGAUGAGGACUUUAUAUUAUCGGAAAGCGAAGUCGAAAGCGAAGAGGAUGGACUUGACUAUGAUGACGACUAUGAAUGCAGUCCGAAGAAAGUGCUGAGGAGGAAGUAGAACAACAAGAACCAUCUUCUAGCUCAGGU